UGGCGUAACUGCUUACCAAAAAACUACAAACACAUCGCCAAAAGUGUGUCUACCGAAUGGCUAAGGCUAAGAUUUCGGUAUUUGGCUCUCACAAAUGACGUAAUACAUUUACUCGAAACAUUGCGGUGAGUUUGAAUUGUUUUAAUUAAAAAUAUUUAUAUUAUGCAGAAAUAAUAAUAAUACAAAUAAUAUUUCUACAUGAUAUAAUAUUGAGAACAUUGGUAUUUUGAACAAGACAGUUACUUUGUUUUUAUAUAGAAUUGAAAGAAUUUUAUAAAAAAACAAAGAAGUUUAAUAAUAGCAGAAUGUUCUGUUUAUACAAUUACAUCAAUUUAAUCUUCAAUAAUGGAGUAAAUAAAAUUUAAGAAGGUCGCGCUCACCUACCGCCGUCUGCUAUUAUCAUUAUCGUGCAUGGUGUUAUGUGGUAAAACAAAAUAUAGUUUUUUAUUUAUUUCUCAUCUGGAACAUUCAAUGACUCUCACACAUCUAUUGCUCACAUCAUCAAACCUAAUGAUUUCAUGUUUUAUUUUUUAUUUUCUUCUAGAUCGUUAUUGGCUAUGCAUGCCACAUAAGACCAGCGCCACAUUGAUUUAUAGAAUGUGACAAAUUUAAAGUUAGCGCCAAAUGGUUGUGAAGGCACCUUGCCCUAUGUAAAAAUUAAACGAAAAUAUUUUAUGGCAAUCGUAGAUUCGUGUCUUUGCAGCUGUGGUGCUAGCUUUGAGCGCAUGUUGCUAAUAAAUUACUUGUUUUUCAACAGUUCAGUUGUCGCUCAACGAGUGACUAAACUCGGGGCGCUGCGUGCAUAACACGUAGGUUUGAUUAUAUUUGUAAUAUGAGGAAGUGCCACAUGGAGAAGGUAAUACCGUUACCUCAAAACCUUGAUUAAGGCGAACCAUGGAGAUAACUUUACUAGAGCGUUUUUUUUUCUUGUUAAAUGGUUUUAAUCAUUUUAUAACACAGUUUCAAGUAAAAAGAGUCUCCAUUGUUCUAAUUAAAGCCUAAAAAUAGCGCAUUGUUGAAUUAAUAAAGCAUUUUAAAGAAAUUCACAAUUCAGCUCAACAUAGUGCUAAAUUAUAUUUAAGGACGUAACAAGAAUGCAAAUUAUAUGUGAAUAUCAAUUAAUAUAAUACAUAUAAAUUGUAUGCAAAUAACAAAUCACAAUUCUCUUGCACGAUUUUAACCCUUUUAACAUAAUUUGUAGAAUUUAAAUAACUCACAGACGUUAAAGUUGCAUAUAUAUAUAUAGUCGAAAUAAAAAUGAAAAAAUCGAAAAGGAUCAUAUCGUGCAGGACGAUUUGACUUUUGUUGUGUAAUGUGCUGAAUUACAGCAUAAGUCAGAGCAGGUAAUAACAAAUGGCUGCUCAAUAAAUGUGGCACAGGGAGGAUUAUCUUCUCGGUCUGAUCACGAACGGACCAUCGCGAGCUCAAUGGCAGAAAAUCGAACGCCUCGGGCUUCGCAAAUACUUCGACUGCGUCCUCGUAUCCGGGGACCUGCCCUGGGAGAAACCUGAUCAACACAUCUUCCACGAAGCAUGCAAACUUCUUAACGUUGAGCCCCGUAACUGCAUUAUGGUUGGAGAUAAACUGGAAACUGAUAUCAAGGGUGGAAAAGAAGCAGAACUAGCAGCAACCGUUUGGAUCCCAUUGCAAAAGGAUGAAGAAAUAUCAGACCUACCAGACAUUACGAUAGACAAUGUAACCGAACUACCAGAAGUCUUGCCAAAUUCUCCUAAACUCAAACGAUCAACAAAUAUGUCCGAUGACUGUUAGGUCUGAAGUCUUUUUUUUCUACACACUAUAUGCAUUGCGCCUUGAUUCGCUCUUAUCGGACAUUAUACAGUAUCUCAAGUACAAAACUUUAUUUGCAGUACAAAUGUAGAUUAAGUAUUUGUAAAUAUAUGUAUCGUUUCACACCCAACAAUGUCUUAUAAGUAGUUGUUAUAUUUAUUGUGUGUUUUUAAUGUUGUUUGUUAAAAAGUGCUAGAAGCCUGAUUUCUAAUUAGAAAUAGAGAAGCUAUUAUUUUAAGAUGAUGUUAUCGUAGUAAGUAAUUCUAUAUUUUUUUACAAAUUAACUAUUUUUAUUAAACUUGGUGGUACCCUUUGGCAUCCUACGAUGAGACUGUCUUGUGUGAUACUGUACUAAUAAUUAUUCGUUUGAAUUUAUUAGAAUUAUUAAAAUGCUAUUUUAUGCAUGUGGGGAUUAAUAGAGUAAAGGUUAUCAAACUUUUAUUUUAUUAGAGUAGAGCGAUAUAAGGGCUCAAUUUAUUUUUGUAGUCUUUCACUAAUAGAUCUAAUAUUUUAAUACCAUUUUCAAAAUAAUACAUUGUGAGUAUCCAAUUGAAAAGUGUUUCAUACGGGUUUCAUAGUAGACACACGAAACAUUUAGUUUCGCUAAUAAUUAAUAUUUGUAUCUAGUUACAUAGAUAGAUAUAUUUUAAAUUGUUAUGACGUAUAAUUAGAUUGAGUGAUCUGGUAUUGUUGUUUGUUGAUUUGGAAUAAUCUUAAAAUGUAGUACACAGAGGAAGUAUAGUGUUCCUAGCAAUUAGCAAGCAAGCUUUUCUAUGUUGUCUUCACCAAAUAGUUACUGAUCUUUUUCAUGAUAUGGACAAAACACACAAACUAUUUUAUUCGAAUAAAACUAUUUUUUUAAAA